CUGAUUACUUUUUUAUAUACGUUCUGCCUUAAGUCUCUCUCAGUCUCGGCACACAUACUGCCAGGGUACUCAUGGCUCUGAUUUCUCUUCACCCUCUGUGCUUCGUUGUUGUCUUUGCUUCGAUUUUUGUCGCACAGGCAGGAACUGUCAACUUUACUUUUCCUCCUCAAGACAAUUUAGUAAAGUACAACGACACUGUUUUUAAAGACGGUGCGAUAGAUCUCACCAAAAAUGAAUACAAGAGUAACCUGGGUUCGAGUAUUGGUUGGGCCACUUACAAUGAGCCGAUUCCUAUGUGGGAUAGCUCUUCUCAGGCGCUGGCAAAUUUCACUUCACAUUUUCAGUUCCGCAUUCAGCGACACAGUUCUGGCGGGGAUGGAAUCACUUUUUUCAUAGCCCCCUUCGACGCUGAACCGCCUGUCAACUCGUCUGGGAAGUGGCUAGGCCUGUUUAACCGGAUAAUCGACGGAAAUUCAUCUAAUCAGAUAGUUGCUGUUGAGUUCGACACAUACAAGAACAAUUUCGACCCGGAUGACAACCAUGUGGGAAUCGACGUCAAUUCAGCAGAUUCUAAUGAGACCGUUUCACUGAACCAAACUACAGGCAAUUGGCUUGCCAGCGAGACUCUCUCGAACGAGAACAAAUGGGACGCAUGGGUGGAUUACGAUGGCGGAGCAAAGCAGAUCCAGGUAUUUCUUUUAUAUAACCCCUCUGGUAAUACCAGUAACAUCUCUAAACCAGGAACCCCAAUCUUGUCGUAUAAAAUAGAUCUCAGCAAGUUUGUACCGGAGAACGUCAAAGUUGGGCUUUCAGCUUCCACUGGAUCGGCAAGCGAAACCCACACAAUUUACUCUUGGAAUUUCUCGUCUAAAUACUCUUGGGAAAUCUCCACUGGAAAUGAAGGUUCCGUAAGAGUUGUUUUGAUUUCAGUCUUUGCCAGCUUGUUUGUCCUUUGCUGUUUCAUAUUCGUUGGCGUAAGCUGGUAUCGCAGAAAAAGAAUGUCCGGUGACGAGGGUAGAGAAGAAAGCGACGUGGAGCUGGACGAAUGGUUUGCUCAAGGCCCCCGCAAGUUUUCAUAUGCUGAGCUCAGUGCUGCCACCAGAAACUUCAGCGACGACGAGAAGCUUGGUGAAGGAGGGUUUGGAGGCGUGUAUAAAGGCAUUUUGCCUUCCACAAAUGAGUCCGUGGCUGUAAAGAGAAUAUCCGAGGGUUCGAAACAAGGAAGGAAAGAAUAUAUUACAGAGGUGACCAUAAUUAGCAAGCUGAGACAUCGUAACCUUGUACAGCUCUUGGGGUGGUGCCACCAAAAGGGCGAAUUUCUUUUGGUGUACGAAUUCCUGCCGAAUGGAAGUCUGGAUAACUAUUUAUUCGAAGAGCAAAAGGUUGUCAUGGAUUGGGAUCGAAGGUACAGCAUUGCAUGUGAUGUAGCGUCUGCUCUUGUUUACCUUCACGAGGAUUGGGAACAGCGUGUUGUGCACAGAGACGUGAAGGCAAGUAAUGUGUUGUUGGAUUCUGAUUUCAACGCAAAGCUGGGAGAUUUUGGCCUGGCUAGACUGGUGGGACGCGAUCAUGCAGCCUCUCAUACGACCGUGGUGGCGGGGACAUAUGGGUACCUGGCACCCGAAUGUGUAUAUACGGGAAAGGCCAGUACAGAAUCUGAUGUGUUCAGCUUUGGAGCCGUCACUUUAGAAAUCGCCUGUGGGAGGCGACCGGUGGAUCGGAGCUUGGAUAAAAGACUGGUCGAAUGGGUUUGGAAUUUGUAUAGCCAGGGGAGGCUCUUGGAUUCAGCAGAUAAAAAAUUGGAAGGGAAUUUCAAAGGCAAGGAAAUGGAGCGGCUGCUGUUGCUGGGAUUGUUGUGUUCUCAUCCUGAUCCAAAAGCGAGGCCUAAAAUGAAAGAGGUGGUAAAGAUUUUGAAAUUUGAAGCCCAGUUGCCAAAUAUUCCUCUGAAUUUGCCUGUAGCUGUAUAUGACAGUGCCAUCCUUCACUCGUCGUCGAUGCCGACCGGGUAUGGAACUUCUAUGACGUCGACCUCAUCCGGCAUUACAGGUACAUCUGUAUCAUCUGUAUCAGUUUCUUCUCCUUCUACUGGUUCGCGCACCGAAGUCAUGUCCAUGCCUUUUUUAUACCAUUCAGAACAUCACCCCUCGAUUGGAAAUGGUCCGCGCGCUGAAUUCAUGUCCAUGUAACAUUUGGCUAGGGUUUUUUGGAGCUGGUAAUAGGAAUCAUUUAUAAUAAGCGCCACUUGACCAGCCUUGUAAGAAAGUAAGACAGGCAACGAAAGUUUAGUAGUGGAGCUGUUCAUGAGCAUGCUAUUUUUAAGAGUUAAUGAAAGUUUAGUAGUGGAGUUGUUUCAUCAAGAGUCUAAUCUAUAAUUUAGGGAGUGUUCAAGCUAAGGUUGCAGUUUUUGUUAUCAAACAAAUGGGAGUGGAGAUAUGUAAAUAUAAUGUGACUGGAUCUUUUUUCGUA